CUUGCAAACUAUCACCAGACCGGGUCCUGUUGACAUAAUCAAAACUACUGCAGUCUCUAGAUCUGUUUCAGACAUACACGAGGGGAGCUAGUAGAAUGACCCGCUACGGCCUGGCAUGGACGACUUGUAUGGCAGGGAUGAGCUGGCUAGCUGUGCUCACACUAGGACAGAUGGUACCUGACCAGAAGGUCGAAGCUCUUCCUUACGUACUACGAUUUGAGGACCCGCAAAAAGUGUUUGACGACUGGAAACGUACUCACGGUCACGGGUAUGUCCACGACUGGAACGAAGAACAAAGGUUCAAUAUCUUCCUGAAGACACUGGCCAAGAUAGAGAGUCACAACUGGAAGUACCAUACCCAACAAAGCACAUACUAUUUGGGGCUUAAUAAAUUCUCAGCUAUGACACACGAAGAGUUUCUCAGAUACACACGCCAGGUCAGCUACGCCAAGAACAGACUCGGCGCCAAGACUUCCAGCUUUGAGUGUCAGUCUGGAUCAGACCAGUCCUGGUCAAGCAGGCUGUUGCCCGACCACGUGGACUGGUCAAAGAAAGGCUACACAACCCAGGUCAAAGACCAAGGCACUUGUGGCUCCUGCUGGACAUUCAGCGCUACUGGCGCCAUGGAGGGCGCCCAUUUCAAGGCCCAUGGUAAGCUUGAGUCUUUCAGCGAACAACAGCUUUUAGACUGCUGCAGCGGCGAAGGGUGCGAUGGCUGUGGUGGGGGCGAGCCAGCGAUGGCCUACGCCAGCGUAUUCAAAAAAGGUGGCAUCGAGACAGAGCAGCAAUACCCUUACGAGGCGAGCCAGAGCGGGAAAUGUUACUUUAACAAAUCGUUGGCUGUGGGUCACAUAAGUGCUUGCUAUUACGUCACGUCUGGGGACGAGUCUGCCCUGCAACAGGCCAGUGCCUCCGUGGGGCCAAUCUCCAUAGCUUUUGAUGCCUCCCAUGAUGACUUUGUCUCCUACGCAGGAGGCGUCUAUCAGAAUCCAGACUGCAGCAGUAUCGAGUUGGACCAUGCCAUGUUGCUCACAGGCUACGGGACUGACCCCAAAACCAAACUUCCUUACUGGAUUAUUAAGAACAGCUGGUCUGAGGACUGGGGCGUGAAUGGCUACGCCUACACCCUACGUAACGCGGACAACCUAUGCGGUGUCGCUACUGACGCCACCUACGUCACGAUGAAGUGAUGGACUACUAAGCUCUAGACAUCUACUGGGUUAUACAUCCGAAAGUUUUUUUAGACAAGCCAUGUAUCUUUAUAAUUAAAAUUGAUUUUUUUUUUAAAUACUUA